AUGUAUUUUCAUGCGCCCUGUUUGCCAUCGAGUGCAAGUUGGAAAUUUCUGUGCUGCGUUCUCGUCUCCGUAGUAUUGCUUUUGCUAUGUCUUCUUGGUGCAGGACUAUUUGCAAAAACGGCAUUGAUCACAUUUAUUGUUAUCACUGUUUGCUAUGUGACAUUUCUUGUAUCAGUAUUUUUUGUUGCUCCAUUCGAUGUAGCAAUACCAAAAACCAACGAAUUUGCGUAUUUGGUACCAUCGAAUGCUUCGGAUCCGUCAUCGGAAAAAGUGCCAGAUUUCAAUCAGAAUCUAACAGCUCGUUAUACAGGUUUCAGGUGA